GCCAAAAGUUCGCACCGUGACACUCAGUUCUGCGCAGCCUCGAGUUACAGCGCGCGCGUUUCUAGUUCAGCUGCUGAAGGGCGAACAGCAGCCACACGACAAGAUCCACCGACAGUAGGCCUAUUUGCUUACAUUUCCAUCUGUGUUUUUUUUUUUAUUGUACCUAUUUGCGAUCUUAUCACUAAUUUUAUAGAGCGUGAUAAAAACGAAACGCGUGGUGUGCCUCUGGACAAACCUAAUCGUAUCGUAUCACAGCACAGCAGGAGCGCGGCGUGGCGCUGGGACACAGCAGACACACAGUCACGCGAGAUGCGUCACGGGAAGCGAACACGCGUGGAAGGCGCAUGGAAACCGUCCUCACCGCCUUGAAGGAUUUAUCCAUUCUGAAUGCAUUUUUUUCCACCUUGGAGUAACACACGGGGUAUUAGUGUAAACUAUAUAUCCCCUAGUGAUAUCCAGACUACCCGGUGGCCUGUAUUUCUGUCUAAAGGCUGUGCUUUCUUCUUGCACUAGCCGGUAAUUGUGAUCUGUGGAAUUAUAACAACGGACGCAACCACCUCGGUGUGCUCAGUGACUGGACAUUCAUUUGGAUCGCUUAUGAUCGCUGACUGGAUGUCGCCAAGACGUGGGACUAGUUUGUAUGACAAAGAGCCGAUGGGCAUCCGCGUGUCUCUAACGGUUAAUUAAAUCUCCUGUGGGAAAAGAGGAUGAGGAUCUGUUCAAUCCUGCUGUAUAAACGUCCAAAAAUGAUGGUUUUGUAAAAUUCAGAAAGGAUAAAAGUAACCAGGAGUGCAUAGAAGGAACCGAGGAUCGGGCUAUAUAAUUUAGAGAACUAUUUUGGACUUACUUGGCGAACAGCAACAAUGGGCACAAGGCUACAAGUUAUUUUCGGCAUGUUUCAGUUCGUCUCACUCGCCAGAAUGCCAACGCACUGUGCCAGGGCACCGCUAGCUCAAUGGCAGCCCACUAAGAGUCACGAAUCAGGACAAGGUACACCUUCUCAUUCAGAAAGUUUUGAGAUUUUCUAUGUGGUUAGAUGGAUGGAUGUGUACGAGAGGAGCAGCUGCCAGCCGAGAGAGACGUUGGUGGAGGUGUGGCAGGAGUUCCCUUGGGAGACACAUCACCUCUUCCUACCAUCGUGUGUGUCAGUGAGGCGCUGUGGUGGCUGCUGCGGUGAUGAGGCUCUUGAAUGUGUGCCCUCACACACAGAUAUGGUCACGAUGGAGCUUAUGAAAACUACAUACAUGAAGCAUGAACUGGUGCAGUUACCCUUCGUAGAACAUAGGCAGUGUGAGUGCAGGCCAAAAGCAGAUCUUCACACAGAGCCAACCAGGCAAGACCCACGACCAACGCGGAAAGGGAGGAAAAGGGAGAGGGGAAAACCAAAGCGAAAGAAACAUGUCAGGAUAAAACCGACGACUCCAGCACCUACAACACCUGCACCUCCUGCUCUCCCAACUAGCAUCUUGCCUUCUCACCCUGCCGAAGAGCAAUGUCCACCCUGCCCGAUGCGCAGAAUGACAUCAGAGCCACCGAUGUGCGAGUGCAUAUGCAGUCUAAGGGAGAUGAGCUGCACCAAGAGAGGCAAACAGCUCAACCAGCACAGCUGCAGAUGUGAAAGAGUAUAAUGAAAUGAGGGUCCUUUCUUCCUUCUCUGGUUACAAAGCACUGUAACUUCAUCCAUCUUUCGAGACAGUGUCUUUAUCGUGGAGUCGUAGAGCAGGAGUCACCUCAACAAGAGUAGCAGAACCUCCUGCCUCCCUGCUACCCACCUCUUCACCUUUAGUGCAGUAUUAGAUGCAUGUAUUCAGCUCGGUAUCCGUGUCCCAGUAUUGGUGUGUGUAUACCGUGUGUCUCCAGAUUUUCAUCACUAAAUCCCUGAAGCAUCAUGCUGCAAUGGUUUGGAUAGCCAAUCAUGCAUAGUAGCACAAGCUGCUAGUGGAGUCACAGGAAAGGCAUGUUGCAUUCAAGUGGAUUGGAUUGUUGUGCUAAUUCAUGCUAAUACACAAAAUCUUAAUAGAUCCAUCACCCCCACAAGACAUUUGAAAAAAUGUCACUGGUUGGAAAGACUUCACUCAUAUGACUGUGUUUGACUGAUCUGGAAGCUGGAAUUCACAGUUUUAUUGACCUUCAAAUAGCUGGGGUUAUCUUUUUUUUUUUUUUUUAAAGAAACCCCAAAACUUUGCCAAAAAAAACCCCAGUGUCCUAAAUUAGGUUGCAGGACAUUCAAUCGUUAGGACAUUUCCCAUCUGUUCUGGGCAUAUAUAUGUGCUGUGACUGAUAGAGAGACUGGUAUUGAGAUGUGCUGAAUGGAUAGAUGGGCGUCUGUGUGGUCUGAGUAUAGAAAGAUAAGGAUCUCUGUGACAGGCCUGAUUUAUUCUCAGCCUCCAUAAGCCCAUCACGUGGCCUCCAGGACUGUAUCAAUGAGUCUUAUUGUGUUUGUUUGAUUUGCUUUUUGUCUGGAGCUUUCCUUUGGGAAUAAAUGAGACUUUCCCUCAGGCCAGGCAGUGAGGGGAAUGUCAAUAGUAAAGAAACCUGGCUAUAUUCCACUGCUGAUUCCAACAAACACACACAAACACACAACAAACUCUCUCUCUCUCUCUCUCUCUCUCUCUCUCUCUCUCUCUCUCUCCCUCUCUCCCCCCCUCUCUCUCUCUUUUGCUCUCACACACACAUGCACACACUUGUCUUAACUUACUUAUAUUGUAUUUGAAAUUUCCCAUGUUUCUACCUCUGCCUUUUUUCUAAUUCAAUCUCUCUCUCUCUCUCUCUCUCUCUCUCUCUCUCUCUCUCUCUCUCUCUCUCUCUCUCUCUCUCUCUCUCUCUCA